AUGAUCGAAAGUAUUAACACUCACUUGCUGAAAUGCAGGCUUAGAAAUACGCCAAAUGAUGACGUUAUUCGUCAUGCCGGGUGUAACGAGUUCGGUCUCACUCUGCUCUACGAUGAGGCUCGGCAAAAUUUCCUGAAAGGAUAUUAUCCAUGUAAAGAGAAGGACAUCGUGCAUUUGGCGGCAAUUUCGACACGGAUACUGUACGGGAACACGGCAAAGAUAAGGUACGGCAUUAUUCGAAAUUUUGUGAUACGAAUGUAUGAGAAUUUCGAACAUAAGAGGAGUGACAAAGGCCAAAGUGUGGCAGGAGGAAAGGGAGAUAAUAGAAAGUAUCUCUCAGAAACUGCCAAAGAGAAUGAACUGCAUUUUAAAGCCGUCCUUAUCGAUCGGCUUUCAAAAGUGCAGUUCAUUCUCAUUCAGUCCUUACCAGGUAGCAGGUGUUAG